CGUAUAAAACGUUUUCUCACCCGUACGGGUGAGAAGUUCGUUGGCAAGGCCAGUUUGCUGCGACGGGAGGGCUCAACUUUUCAUUAAGUGCGUUCUUGGAGGAAAUUGAGAACAAGGAAAGCGGAAAACGCGUUUCAAAAGCUAUUAUUUUUUGCUUGUCAGUUUCCUUGUCCUUUGAACUCACAAGAUUAUUAACAAGGCCUAAUUUAAAUUUCUAUAAAACUAAAAAUAAGUAAAAUCAAAUGAGGCAUAUUGGUUGAUUAAAUUUUUAUGUAUACGCAAUUUUGAAUUGCUGUAUAUUUUUUCAGCUGCGACCAACUUAAUAGCUUUUGUGAUUUUCCUCCUACGCUCUUAUAACAGUUUUUCCUCUUUUUGUGAGCAUAGAGAGCUAAUUAAUAUGCUGAUGAAUUUUUGCUUCGAAAAAGCCGCUCUGCGUGAAUAUUAAAAAGCGUAAUUAAAAAAUGAGCCGUCUCUCUCGCGUUUUCCAUUCUCUGCUGCGCGAGCAGUGCAUAAAAAACACUUGUGUGUUAUUUGGUUGUUGUGUUGACUCUCCAGCUUUGACGCCGUUGCCAAAAUAGCGUACUUUUUGCCUUAUAAAAUUAUCAUCAAAAACACACAAACAUCCCAUGCACAUAUUCUGGCCAUGUUUGUCAAACAGAAUGGCUAAUGUGCACCACGAGCGGACGAGCCAAGGUUGCUCCCUCGGCUGAUCAUUAAAUUAUCUUCCUCUCUCUUGCACUCUCCUGCAGAGAAUAAUAAAAUAUUAGCACAAGCUCGCAAAAUGAUAGCAAUUUUCCACCCUUAAUGGGCCCGAAAUAUUAAUGUGUGUGUCCGGAACCAAGAGUGUGUUGCGCGGAAUAAUUACAUAACAAUUUGCUUCUUUCCUGCUGAAGCAACAAAAAUUUAAUUAGUUCGUUUUGGGGGGAAAUGCUAAUCUGCUCUACAAUUGAAAAUUUUAGCAAUAAGUUAGGACCUUCUUAAAAAACUUCUUAAUCAAAAAAUUUUAUAAAAUAAAUAUGUGUGAAUGAAUUUAAAAAAAUCUGCAUAUUUUGCUCUCGAUUUAAACGAGCAGCAUAAAUUUAUAAUCCUUUAUUUUAGGCGGCAGGUCCCCCACUUUUUCACAAUACGAAUUCAUUUUAGUUUUCCCUUCCAUUACUUUUGAGGUGAUACAUUUUUGGUAAUUUUACACAAGCUCCAUAAUUGACAACAACUGAAUGAGGAAAUUAAAUCAAAAUAAAAUUUCUCGUUACUUUUUCUAAUUUUUUAUUGAGAAAUCUGUUUCAUGUGCAGACUGAUAUAUUCUAAUAAAAAAUUUCAAAAAUUAUGAUUUUAACAUCACUCGGUCUGUAUAUUAUACCAUUUUCCAACUAAAGAAAAAUGUGUCCCGAAAAACUUUCCCAAAAUUUGAUUUUGCUAAGAAUGUUUCCCAUUAGUGUUUUAUGUUUCUCGUUAAAAGCACGUCAAGGGAAAGCAAAGCUCUUUUAAUCCUUUCAGUUCACCGCAUAAAUUAACGUGCAAAAAAAAAAGCACGGCGGCGUGAUUAGCAAAUAAAAAGGACGCAAAUAUUGGGCGUACGUAGUGCCGGUUGCAUAGCAAUGAACCAAAAGAGACUCGUAAAGUUUAACGCGCGGCAUGCGUGCUAAAAUAAAAACACACACGUAAGUAGAGUCAGGAAUAAAAAGUGGCGCGCUCGUAAAUAAGAGAUUUUUGCUCUCCAUUAUUUGCAUACCAAAUUCGCUGUCGCUUCUGGUUGGCGCGUGGCUUGAAAGAAGCGGCGAGACGCGAAAGUGGAAAUAUUUUAUUUUCCGUCUGGCUCGGCUUGGGGCAAAUAGACAAAGGUGUCUCGUUUUAAUCCAAAGUGCACUUGUACUCGCGAGUGCUCCAAAGUGUGCUCGGCGAUUAUUUCCGCGCGUCACUAAUUGCACAAAGUUUAAUUACUUCUGGUUGGGACAAAGGGUCUCAAGUUUAUCUUCAUCAGCGCACAUUUUAUUUGCUAAAGCACCUCCAGCAGCGUUCUUCAUUUUCACCCACCAAAUAUACUAUUAACAACUUUUGAAAUAACUGUGGGUGGUGGGGCUAAAUUUUGCAAAUAUUUAUAUAGCAGUAUAGCAGGACGGUUGAGAAUAAUUUAGGCCACAAAUUUUAUUAAUAUUAUAUUUUUCCAAUUUUCAAAUAUUGUAAAACAAGAUAAGCUGUUGAGAAUGAGUUUUCAAAAAUUUGUAUCUAUAUUUAUGUUUAAAAUAAAGAAUUCAACUAAAAAUAGCUGUAUAGAGCUUAAAAAAAAUGAACUUCACUUUUGUUUAAAAACAAAUUAAUGCAAAAUUCUUCUCCAUUUUUUAUAAUUUCAAGUCUUCCACUGCUAUUGAUAUGCCAAUACCAAUAUAUGAUCACAUUAUUUAAAAUCAGUGUUGAAUUUUCAAAACAUAAAAAAAAUUGUAUACGUGGCAAGAAAAUUAUGACAAGUUUGACAGUGCUUUUUAUUAUGACAAACGCAUCCACCUGCAGAGCACUAUCGCGCAUAAGCAAACAGAAAAAUCGAGUGCGUGACGAUGUAGAAAAAAAUUGGCCAGCGCCACUCAAUGGUAAUUCCGAUCUGGCAGCGAUCCAGCGUGUGACGGUCGGAAGUGCCGUCAACCAUUGUCAGAAGCGGAAGUGCUCGCUGGUCUGGCCGCCGCCUCCGCCGCCGCUGGUCCAGCACGAAAAAUGCGACAGUCGCUAUUUGGAUGCAGGUGAAAUAAAACUGCCCGCCAUGGUGUUGGAGGAUGGUGGAGUUGCAGCAGGCAUGUUUGGCUGCAUAAAAAAGAGCGGCAAUUGCCGUGUUUGUAAAUCUCUCCGAGACGACGAAGACGACGCUACGCUGGAAGGGAGCGUCGAAAGAUCUCUCGAGCCCACUCUGUGGCCCAAAUUGCGAUUGGAAUGCGCCGGGCUCAACUUCGACCGCCGACAACUGGCACGUCUGAACCUCAGAUUUGCUUCCUUUAUUUCUUCCGCCGACGACCCAGAAGCUGGCGCUCGAAAUUCCUACCAAAAGUUUCAGUUAUACUCACAAACAGACGGUGACACGGGUGUAGAGCGAGCCAGGGCGUCGGUCGAGCAAGCGACAGAACGACUGCUGCAGCGACUUUUGUGCACAGUGGCCGAUCUAGACGCGCGAUUCGCCUCAAAGUUCCUCGCAACUUUGGCUUCUAAGACGGAACGUGCCGAGCAUCGACCGUGGCCGGGAAGACGCUUCCACUACAUGAUAAGACUCGACUCACUAUCUUGGCCACCGCUUUAUCCGAGUAAAAGUAACGCAGACGGAGCUGAUGGAGAUGAAAGUGGCGACGACGUUGAGACCGCCGCCUUCAGCAGGGCGGUUUUCGAGGAUGGCGAGGCGGGGGUUUUGCCACCAGGUUGGCUCAGGGUUCGACCAGCGCAGGGAGCGACUGCCGAAGCGUGGGCCGAAUUUUUAACUCCAUCUGGAUGCCUCAGAAGGGAUCGUGUGGUGGAAAGAUUUGCAAUGCUCCUCAGUCAAGCGGCUGGAACAAAUGCCGAUGAUACGGAAGCAGACGAAUCGCGCGUUUGUGGCAGUCCAGGCAAGGUUUUAGAUGCAGCCCUUUUGCAGCAGCUCCUUUGUGAGAUCAAACCGCAGCACCAGCUCUUCUACGGCCCUAGCGAAGCCCAGAGGUGCCGACCGCCUGACCCGCGGGACUUCCAAGUGGCCGUCAUCCACGAGGGCGGAUCUGGGCCGGUGCUUCUGCGUCUCGGCUUUCACUCGCCCUCCCUGCAGCUGGCCUUUCCUCCCGAGGCGCGAAACGUGGUCGAGGUUCAGCUGCACAUCGGCGUGGCGCUUUCAGGGUGGCCUUCGGAAGGCCCGUCCUUUCCCUCGCGCCUUCCGCUGCACCACCCGCUUGCCCUUCUCGCGUACAAGUCUGCGCAAAGCGGCUACUUCGCACUGGCUGUGGCGCCGCCGCCCAACUUGCGAUGCGAGGAACGGCGCUCCGCGUGGGCUGCUUCGUUCCCAGGGAUGGAGUUGGAGCUAGAUGAACACUUUUGUGCCUCGUCGACGCCAAGAAAGGCCGUCAGGGUCCUCAGACACCUGAUUUCCAAAAUGCGGAAAGAAGCCAACGACGACGACGAAUUUGAGGGACUUGUCACUGUGAACGACUACACUUUGCGCACGUUAAUGUGGCACCAACUGGAGCGUUGGACGAGCGUAAACGCUUGGGAGCCAGCGUCACUAGCGGCCCACGUUCUACUCGCGCUGGAUGCGUUACUGGCAAAUCUGAAAUCUCGUCACGCCUCUCAUUUUGUUCUGCCAGACUGCAACAUCCUUUGCCAGACGCCCCUUCACCCUUCUCUCAUCGCAAAAUACGGCGAUCACGAAGAGGCGUGCGACGCGGCCAUGCUUGAGGACACACAGUUAGUCAUGGACUGUCUGCUGCGUUUGCACCAGGCCAGCACUUCCGCCUCGCCCUUGCCGCAGGGUGUGUCCUGGGACGGAGAGGAAGAGGUGCGAAGGGCUGCUGCUCUUGAAGCGGCCCUCCUGUGGCGAUGGGGCACUGCCCUCAACAUCGUGUCCCCUUUACCGCCAGCGAUGCUGCCACCAGCGGUGCCGUGGUUUGAAAAAAUUGGCAGAUUUAUUUUAAGGGAAGAGGAAACAAUCGCUCCCCCACCUGAGCACUUUUCAAACAGGCAAAUUGACUAUUUGGCUCAGUUGAUGCUUGAGUACCUUCGCUUCACUAAAAGUUGCCUCGCACCUCAAGCCGAAGCGGAAUUUCAAAACGAAGCAGCCGUUGAUGUCGGGUCCUUGAGAGACUCGGGCCCGGGUGGAGCAUCCGAAGAGACUGAGGAUUUUCUGUUCCUAAUGCACGCAGUCGUAAAUCAAGCCCUCGGCUCAUCCGCGCAAACAGUCGGCAAGGGCAGCAAGAAACGACGCCGGCGGCGACAAACUCGCGCGCAGCCGGAUAAACAACAGGUGUGGCGCGACGUCGUGUGCGACGCAGUGCGACGCGAGCCCCUCGCGAUCGGCGUUUUGAAAGACGAGAUUGCUUUGGUGCGUCACUUGCUCCGGUGGAUGCACAACGCGACCGAGCUGGCGCCGCGCGCUUUGAAGAAGAAGCUGUCUAAUUUUACGAUGCAGUUGUGGGCGACGAGCAGAGAGGCUGUUUGGCACCUGCCAGAGUGGAAAAAGCACAGACAGGAAUGUCAGGACGAGUUGAACGCCAUGGCCGCUUUUUGCACCAUGCUUCUCAACUCGCAGGAGGGUUGGACUGGUGUGGCCGUUUUGAAAGAUGCAGCAGAAAAAGGCUGGAUUUGGGCAAAAGCGGCUCAAAGCGAGCUCGUCAGAUCCGGUUGUCUGCAGUUUGUUUUGGCCCCUGCAAAAGGAGUGGUGCGCAGAUGUGACGUCGCCUUGGCAAUUCAGCCGUCGUCUAGGGAUACGAGUCCCUCACAAAUCUCCAAAAAGAUUUCAAAAAGCUGUACAUUACCCGCAAGAACUAGUCGAACGCCGAAUAUAUCACAAAAUGAGCUGACGUUGAGACUAGAGCACCGGAGAGGAUCUGGAGGUCACGGAAUUCCUUUAAUUCCCGUCCACCAGCGUUUAAGAGACGGAAGCCCCCUGUCAGUGGCCCUUGACAACCGGCGUCGACAUGGACAGCAAUGCGCCUUGUCUAGUCUUGUCCACGCUUUCAUUGCUAUGCACAGAAUUUCGGUUUUGCAAGACGUGGCAGCACUUUUGCCACCACAUGAGCGGCAGCCUGUGCUAGAUGCGCUACAAAAGCUAUCCAGAGCAAGACGUUUAACACGAAUGAAUUCAGACGUUGGUUUUGAGGAAAAAUUUACAAUGAAAAAUUUUGAAUUUCCAAUUCUAGACCCUCUUGGGAGACCGUUUGAUGAUUCAAGAAAUGAAAACUGUCGAAAGAAGUUGGUCGACGCUGCAAAUAUGGCAAUCAACAUUUUAGGUACUUGCCGCAACGCUCGUACUUUACAAAGACGGCACAGCCUUUACUCGCCGAUGGGCAACACUUCUUUAAUUUAUUCAACGUCACCUGCCAGUAUUCGUCGUCGCCAUGCUGGAGCGCCAAUGCAGGGAAUUGCCCUUUUGCAACUCUCAGAUGGAGGACAACUAACACUUAACAGCGGGAGUGAUAGAGACACAAGCCAAAUGUUCUAGCGACCAAAUUUUUUCUUCCUACAAAAUUAAUUUUGCAUAAAAAUUACAAAAAUAAUUUAAUGAUUGUUUGCAAGCGUCAUCAUGCAACUUUAAUUCAAACUGUCUGCACUUGUGAUUUGUGAUAUGUAUAAAAAUGUAUGAACGCAUUACAUGAAUAAUAUACAUCAGCUUAGAAAAACAUUUUAUGUAUAUUCACUUUUUUAAUUUAAUUAAAAUU